UAUUGUACACUUUGUUUUGAUAAAUGCAAACCAAGAGCCAACUGUGAGGUGCCCUUUUCUCCCCCAGUUCUCAUGGACAUGGAUAUCACUUACAUCAUGGACAGCUCUCACAGCGUCAGCCGUGAAGAGUUUCAGAGAGCCAAAGACUUUGUGAGCAACAUGCUGGAUCAGUUUGUUGUUUCCUCACAGCCAAACGAAUCAUACGGAGGCAUCAGAGUGGCACUGGUGCAGCAAGCUCCUAGGGGCUUCCUUCCUGACAGAAACCAGACACCUGUGGCCUUGGAGUUUGAUCUAGUUACAUACAGCAAUAAAGAUUCGAUGAAGAAACACAUCCAAGAGUCUGUUCACCAACUGGAAGGGCCAUCAGCCAUUGCCUCUGCUCUACAGUGGACAGUCGAAAACGUAUUCUUUAAAGCCCCCAGACAAAGGAAACACAGGGUCAUAUUUACAAUAGUUGGAAGCAAAACAAGCACGUGGGACAGAGAGAGGCUGAAAGAGAUUUCACUCGGAGCCAAGUGCCAAGGAUUCACCUUGUUCACUCUUGCACUGGGCAGUGAUGUGAGUGACAAUGAGCUGAUGGAGCUGCCAAGCUCCCCCACAGAGCAGCACUUGCUGACACUGGGCAGGGUUUCCACAGCGGAGAUGGUGUACGCUCAGAGGUUUAGCCGGGCAUUUCUAAAUCUUCUACAACGUAAGUAUCACGCAACGGCAUUUGCUGAAGUUAUUCCUCCUCUGUAG